GCCUACGUGACGUCACGUGGCAAGAUGGCGGCUUCCUUUGGAGAAACGCUGCUGCUGUGAUCGUGUUUACUUGCCUACUUGUAGAGAAUAUUCAGGUGAAACCAGCCGUCAUUCAACCGCAGAGGGGUCCGAGUGUUGUGGCGGAGAUGAAGACCUUCUGCGGGAGAGCCAACCCGACCACCGGGGCUUUAGACUGGGUGGAGGAGAGCGAGGAGUACGACUACCACCAGGAGAUAGCCAGGUCCUCCUAUGCAGACAUGCUGCACGAUCACGACAGGAAUAAGAAAUACUAUGAGGGCAUCCGGGCUGCUGUAGCCAGAGUGAAGGCUCGCAGCGAGAGGGUCAUCGUGCUGGACAUCGGCACCGGAACUGGCCUCCUGUCGAUGAUGGCCAUCACGGCCGGGGCUGACUUCUGUUACGCCGUGGAGGUUUUUAAGCCGAUGGCCGAGGCGGCGCAGUGCAUCGUGGAGAAGAACGGCUUCUCCGACAAAAUCAAGAUUAUUAACAAACACUCCACAGACGUCACUGUGGGACCAGAUGGAGACAUGCAGGUGAAGGCCAACGUCCUGAUCACAGAGCUGUUCGAUACUGAGCUGAUCGGUGAAGGAGCUCUGCCCAGCUACGAGCACGCCCACCAAAACCUGAUGCAGGAGCGCUGCGAGGCCGUCCCUCACCGGGCCACCGUCUACGCCCAGCUGGUAGAGUCGGAGCUUCUGUGGAGCUGGGCUCAGCUGCAGCCAGUUGAGGUGGAGGGGGCCAGGCUGGUCCCUCCGCCUGCAGUGGGCCGGUGUGCCGGAGCUCACGCGGUGUGUGACAUCCAGCUGAGCCAGGUGUCUCCUGCCAGCUUCACCCCGCUGGGUCCCGUCUGCACCAUGUUCACCGUGGAUUUUAGCAAACCUGUAAGCAGCGCCUUCCAGGCCCACUCCUCCCAGUUUGUGGCUCAGUCAAGCGGCCGGGCUCAGGCAGUUUUGUCCUGGUGGGACCUGGACAUGGACCCCACUGGGUCCAUAGUGUGCACCAUGGCACCCAGCUGGACUUACCAAGAGCCAAAGAUGGCCCCGUGGCGCGACCACUGGAUGCAGAGCGUGUACUUCCUGCCUGUGGAGAGCCAGGUGACAGAAGGAGAGGAGCUGAGCCUGAUGGUCUGCCACGAUGACUACAGUCUGUGGUACAGCCUGCAGCCUCGCAGCCAGCGGGGCUCACAGACUGAGGCUCCUCCCUCUCGGCCAUGUUGCACCUGCCAGGCUCACCUGGUUUGGACUCGGCCGCGUUUCGGCGAACUUAACGACAGACGGCGUACGGAGAGCUACGUCAGCGCUCUGCGCAGCGUGCUGAGAGAGGACAGCGUGUGUCUCAGCGUCAGUGACGGGAGUCUGCUUCCUGUGUUCGCUCACAUGCUCGGAGCCAAGAAGGUGUUCGGUUUGGAGAACUCCCAAAUGUCUAAACAGGUUAUUGAUGAGGUUUUGGAAGCCAACUCCAUGAAAGGACGUGUUGAGCUGCUGGAGAUCAGGCCGGAGCAGCUGACCAGUAAUGAUGUAGGAGGAGAACAGAUCUCCGUCCUGAUGGGUGAACCGUACUUCAGCACCAGCCUCCUGCCGUGGCACUCCCUGUUCUUCUGGUACUGUCGCACCGCCCUGGCAGGUCUUCUGCGACCCGACGCCAGCAUCCUGCCCCGCUCUGCCUCCCUUCACAUGGUGGCUGUGGAGUUCCAGGAUUUGUGGAGGAUAAGAGCGCCGUGUGGAACCUGCGAGGGCUUCGAUGUCACGCCCAUGGAUGAAAUGGUCCAGCGCUCUCUGGAUUUCCGCGAGUCCCGUGAGGCGGAGCCACACCCCCUGUGGGAGUAUCCUUGUCGGGCUCUCACCCAGUCCACCGCCACCAUGACCUUUGACUUCACACAGUGCCUCCCUCAGCAGCCAAUCAGCAGCCAGGGCUUGCUGUCUUUCAUUAGGGAAGGUCGUUGCCAUGGUGUUGCAUUGUGGAUGGAGUACCACCUGACAGAUGACAUCACUGUCAGCGCAGGUCUCAACGGACCAAUCAAUGAGCAGGGCGACUGCGAGUGGAGUCGACACAGGAAGCAGGGAGUGUACUUCUUCGGGUCGCCGUGGGAGAUCUCAGGUGACGGCAGGGCCGCGGUGUCCUACAGCUUCACCUUUGAACCCAGUUUAGGAGACAUUAGGAUGGACUUCAGUGUCACAUCUCAGUGACGUCGAGCAAUCACCGACUGAACAGCUCACUUUUUGCCAAACCUGACAUUUAACAUGUUUUGUUCUGACUGAAUCUCCAUGAUUAACCAUAAUUCAGAGUGUGGAACAUGAGAAGCUUAGUGAGGAUGUCACCAGUUCUAUUUUUUACUUUCUGAGAUGAUACAGCUGCGGGAUAUUUUGUAUCAGCUGGACAUUAAAAGUCUGUUUGAAGUCGUUUUUUAAAUUCUCAUUACAAUAAAGGUUUGUACACAAAAACUUAGAAGAGAUGUAGCAGCUGUCAGUCAGCAGGUUA